AUGGCCCCACCCGAUGUGAUCGACGUCGCAUCUCGACCUGUUCGUGCUGCGGAGCGAACACCUACUUUGAGGAGAAAGAAAUCCUUUCCUAAAGUGAAAGUGAAUUCAAGCCGGUACAUCAUAAAUAAAAAGAGAGGCUUCAGUUUCUUGCUUAUCUAUGGAAUAUCGCAUUGUUACUGGCCUUUCAAAAAAAGAAUUUUAUUGUUAGGAAAUAAGGGAGACUGUGACUCUCCCCCUUUAUGUGUUCUAUAUCAAAGUCAAAGAGGGGCUUGCCAUCUAGCGAAAAUAUGUUUUGCAGCGAGGGACAUCUUUCUUAAGGGUUUCUUUCAACGCCUUACAAUUUGUUCUCAUCAGGAACCUCUGGUGUUGGAUGUAGAUUUUGAACUUUAG